GAUUGAAUGUGGAAACAUACAGAAACAAGAGCAAGGCGCCUCGAAGAAGAGUGCGAAGAGGAAUGUGAAGCGUGAUGAUGGUGAAGAGAAUCCUGAUGAGUUUGUUGAUCCAGAGACGCCACUUGGUGAGAGAAAAAAGAUGUCAAAGCAAAUGGCCAAACAGUAUAGUCCAACUGCUGUCGAGAAGUCAUGGUACCCGUGGUGGGAGAAAUCAGGCUUUUUUGUGGCAGAUGCUAAAAGCUCCAAGCCACCAUUCGUAAUUGUUCUUCCGCCUCCAAAUGUGACUGGGGCUCUACACAUUGGUCAUGCCCUUACUACUGCUAUUCAGGAUACAAUCAUCCGUUGGAGGAGAAUGUCUGGAUAUAAUACCUUGUGGGUUCCUGGCAUGGACCAUGCUGGGAUAUCAACACAGGUUGUUGUGGAGAAGAAGCUAAUGCGUGAACAGAAAUUAACCAGGCAUGACCUUGGUCGUGAGGCCUUUGUAUCUGAGGUGUGGAAAUGGAAGGACAAGUAUGGGGGUACCAUAUUAAGACAGCUACGUCGUUUGGGUGCCUCUCUUGAUUGGUCACGAGAGUGCUUUACAAUGGAUGAUAAGCGAUCAAAGGCAGUAACUGAGGCUUUUGUUCUGUUACAAAAGGAAGGUCUCAUAUAUCGGGAUCUUCGGCUAGUGAAUUGGGAUUGUGUCUUACGAACAGCUAUAUCUGAUAUCGAGGUAGAUUAUACUGACAUCAAAGAAAAGACGCCGUUAGAGGUUCCUGGUUAUAAAAAUCCAGUUGAAUUUGGUGUUUUAACAUCGUUUGCAUACCCUCUGGAAGAAGGAUUGGGUGAGAUUGUUGUUGCCACGACUAGGGUGGAAACAAUGCUUGGUGAUACUGCCAUAGCUAUUCAUCCUGAUGAUACAAGGUAUAGUCAUUUGCAUGGAAAAUUUGCGAUACAUCCGUUUAAUGGAAGAAAACUUCCUAUUGUCUGUGAUGGAAUUCUUGUUGAUCCGAACUUUGGGACUGGAGCUGUUAAGAUAACUCCAGCCCAUGAUCCAAAUGAUUUUGAGGUUGGCAAGCGGCACAAUCUUGAAUUUAUAAACGUUUUUACUGAUGAUGGAAAAAUAAAUAGUAAUGGUGGUUCGGAAUUUGAGGGGAUGCUACGUUUUGAGGCCCGUGUUGCUGUGACUGAAGCAUUACAAAAGAAGGGGUUGUAUAGAGGUGCUAAAAACAACGAGAUGCGCCUUGGCCGUUGUUCAAGAAGUAAUGACGUAAUAGAGCCAAUGAUAAAGCCCCAGUGGUAUGUUAACUGCAAAAGCAUGGCAGCAGAGGGUCUUGGUGCAGUCAAUAGUGGGAAGCUUGAGAUCAUCCCAGAACAGUAUAAGGCUGAAUGGAGAAGAUGGCUAGAGGGCAUUCGUGACUGGUGUAUCUCGAGGCAACUUUGGUGGGGUCACCGAAUUCCUGCAUGGUAUGUUGCAUUGGAAGAUGAUGAAUUGAAGGAACUUGGUUCAUAUAAUGACCAUUGGAUAGUUGCUAGAGAUGAGAAAGAGGCACUAGUAGAGGCUAGCAAAAAAUUUUCCGGGAAGAAGUUUGAGUUGUGUCAAGAUCCUGAUGUACUUGACACCUGGUUUUCUUCUGGUCUCUUUCCAUUAUCAGUUUUGGGGUGGCCAGAUGAUACAGAUGACCUGAAGACAUUUUAUCCUACUUCUGUUCUUGAAACUGGGCAUGACAUUCUCUUUUUCUGGGUUGCUCGAAUGGUGAUGUUAGGAAUUAAACUGGGCGGUGAUGUACCUUUCAGAUAUGUAUAUCUGCAUCCAAUGAUUCGUGAUGCUCAUGGACGGAAGAUGUCAAAGUCUUUGGGAAAUGUUAUUGAUCCCCUUGAAGUUAUAAAUGGUAUAUCCCUUGAAGGUCUUCAGAAGAGGUUGGAGGAGGGUAACUUGGAUCCUCGUGAGCUGGUUGUUGCAAAAGCCGGACAGAAGAAAGAUUUCCCUAAUGGUAUUGCUGAAUGUGGCGCAGAUGCCCUUCGAUUUGCACUUGUUUCAUACACAGCUCAGUCUGAUAAAAUAAAUUUGGAUAUUCAAAGAGUUGUGGGAUAUCGUCAAUGGUGUAACAAACUGUGGAAUGCCGUUCGAUUUGCUAUGAGCAAACUUGGAGAGGAUUAUGUUCCUCCAUCGAGUAUCAAUCCAGAACUCAUGCCAUUUAGCUGCAAGUGGAUACUCUCAAUUCUGAAUGGGGCCAUAUCAGAAACUGUAACAUCAUUAAAUUCAUUUGAAUUCUCAGCGGCAGCCAGCACAGUGUAUUCAUGGUGGCAAUAUCAGUUUUGUGAUGUUUUCAUUGAGGCAAUAAAGCCUUACUUUGUCGGUGAUGCAUUUAUCUCUGAGAGGAGUUCUGCACAAGAUGCUCUCUGGGUAUGCCUAGAAAAUGGCUUGCGGUUACUUCAUCCAUUUAUGCCGUUUGUCACUGAAGAAUUGUGGCAGCGCCUUCCACAACCAAGUGGCUAUACAAGAAAAGAAUCAAUCAUGUUGUGUGAAUACCCAUCACCUGUUGAGAACUGGACAAAUGAAAAGGCCGAAAAAGAAAUGAAGACUGUUGAGUCCACUGUGAAAUGCCUUAGGUCGCUCAGGGCAGAGGUGCUUGGGAAGCAAAAAAAUGAGAGGCUACCAGCUUUUGCGUUUUGCCAAACUGAAGAAGUGGCAGAGACUAUCAAAAGUCAUGAAUUGGAGAUUUUAACACUUGCCACUAUAUCAUCUUUAAAGGUUCUAUUGAGCGGAAGAGAUGAUGCUCCGGUUGGAUGUGCAUUUGAUACUGUGAAUGAAGAAGUUAAAAUUUAUCUAAAGGUUCAAGGGGCUCUCGAUGCAAAACAAGAACUCGGAAAGAUCAAGAAUAAGAUGGCUGAUAUAGAAAAACAAAAGGAGAAAUUGGAGAAGGUUAUUAACGCAACUGGUUAUCAAGAAAAAGUUCCAUCUCAUAUUCAAGAAGAGAACGCUGCAAAGCUGGCUAAACUUCUUCAAGAAUGUGAAUUUUUUGAAAAGGAGAGCUCGCGCUUGGAAGCUGAAAUGGGACAGUAGAUCCAAUCAUAGACAUUAUUCAAAUUCUGUAAGUUUGUUCAAUGUCCGUCCAACCUUACAUUGAUCAAGUUUUGAGACAGAAGGGUCGCCGCUAGGGUCUCAAUCUGUACCUGAUUUUAUUUUUUUUAUUUUCAAAAUGGGACCGAGGCCCUUGCAAUAUUCUUUCUCUGAUAUUAGCUGAAACGCUAAUCUUCGUAGUUGUAUAAUUAUUCAAAGUUGCUGGCUUAGCU